CCGCAGCCUUACCGCUCCCUGAAGGAGGCAGAGUUUGCAGAGGAGCCCGUCAGCGGCCCCUCCUACACGGCCCCACCCAGCCCGGUGAUGGAGAUGUUUGCGGACAUCAACCUGCUGGGGGACAUGUUCAGCUGCUUGGAUGAGCCCGAAGGCCAGCAGCUCAGCCUGGCCAGGAGCCUGGAGGACCUCCGCACACCCAAAGACCCCCAGGAGCAGCAUAAAUUCAACUACCAGGUACCAGAGGGCACGUGGCCCGUGGUGGCUACAGACCUGGAUCAAAUAUCUAUUUCAGGGGUCUGAAACUCCCAGUCCGCGGGCCAACAUUUUUUAAAAGACUUCUGUGGUCCAAUAUCUAUACUUGUGAUGUUACACAGCUCUUGAUAAUACUGGUUAUUAGCUGUUUUGUUUUCUUGUGUCUUCCCUCUCUAGCGGAUGGACCUGAGCGGCAGUGAGCGUACGUGCACCCUUCCAGGCCUCAAGCACUCCAACCCUUACAACAAGAUGUGGCGCAUGCAUGGGCAGGAUGACAUGGCCUUGGCCGGCCGGUUGUCUCCGAACUGGGACCGACCCCUGUCCGUGCCCCCCCCUGAGCUUGAGGAGCCACGGCUGGAUCUCUCCACCACCCCUAGCCAAGGGGGGUGCAUCACCAUCCCCCGCCCCCAGGGAAGGAAAACCCCAGAGCCAGGGAAGGUCUUGGGUGCGCCACCGAUGCCCGAGCCACAAACCAAGCCAGGAGCGGCCGGGGAGGGUGGGACCACCACGGCAGGGGGGCAGGAGUUCCGGCAGGCCCUUGGGAUGGGGGGUGACCUGAUGCUGCAGCCCACCAAGAUAGACUUCAGUGAAGGGGAGGACGUGGAUCUGCUCAGCCUCCUGGACCCCCUGAACAACCCAGCCCAAACCACCACCACCCCUCCCUCAGCAGGGGAAGGAGCAGACUCCCCGACCGGUGCUGCCCCUCCAUCCUUCAGGACCGUUUUCCCGCCACUGCCCUAUCCCCAGAGCCUGCCCCCCUUCCACCAACACAUGCCGCUCAACCCCUUCACCGCACCCCUCGGCUACCCUACCCACAGACACUACUCGCCCACAGUGGCGGGGAACCCCUUCAGUGGAGGUGCAUACAGGCCUCCUGCCUCUGCCUAUUUCCAUGCCACCCCCCAUGGUCACCCUCCUCACCCUCUCUCCACAAUUACGGGGCUCUACAGACUGUCCUCUCCUGGAGGGUCCAGCCUCCCCCCUGGCAUAGGCUCUAUGCGGCCUGCCUUCCCCAAUCAUGGCGGUCCUCCCCCCACCUCCUCAGGCAGCCACCACGCUCUCUCCAGCCUUUUGAACUUCCCCUCAGCUCCCGCCCCUAGGGUACUGCCUAAGCCUCCCAACAGUACAGAGGAAUCCGAGACUCAGGACCCCUUUGAGGACCUACUGGCCAUGGCCAAGCCGGCCGUCGCACCCCCUAAAAAGAAGGUGGAAGUCCUUCGGGGUAAGUGGGAGACUUUUGACUAA